CAGUGCACAGCAAAACGUGAAACAUAGUCUGCUAUCGCCUUACGUUUUUUAAAGAUUUCUUACGCCGAAAUCAUGUUCAACUCGCGAACAUUUAGGAAAGUGUCGAAGAAUGCUGGAAAAACGACCAUAACGGUCAUAGUGGUUCUGUAUCUCACAGUAAACUCCUUGUUGCUAUCUCGGUAUAACAACCAACGGCCUAUUUUACCCUCGGAUAAACAAUACUGGGAUGCCUUCAGUCAGGUGGGAAUCGACGGCAAAUUCUACACCAAGCUUUUGCCCUACAACGUGAAUCCUGUAACUGAAGAAGUCCUACAGCAGGAGCCAUCCGCAUGGUGGAGUCCUGUAGGUGGAGGAGGACUCUUCCGAAGGACGGCGAUCUUGCGCGAGAGGAGAGGAGGGGCGCUUGGAACUCCUGUGGUAGUACACGGGGCUCUUCCUCAGCCAGAAAUCGUUUACCUUCGAAGCCCCCCUCCCGAAGAAGAGAUCCACCGAGUUCUCCCCAGAGCUCGUGGCGCCCCUCGCUCGACCGUCUCGACGCCCCCGAGGACUACUUCCGGUACCUGCAGGAGUCGCAGUCAUGGUGCCGGAAGCUGGUCAUGCUCGGCGGCACCCUUCCUUGCAGCAGUGCCAACGAGUCGAGCCAUGAGGACGGCAAUAAGAUAGUCUGCCUCGACCCUCCCUUGGAGUUUCCGGGGGGAAGCCGAGAUCCCGGUUCCUGCCUCGUCUACUCCUUCGGGGUCAACGACGACACGACCUUUGACGACGGUGUGUCUCGCCUGCCUUGCGAAGUCCACAUGUUCGACAUCCAACCCGUGGAUCCCUUCUAUCUCAUGGGUCUGGCUCGACAUGUCCAAUUCCAUGUGAGUGGCCUGGCAGACCACCACUACGUGUCACAUGUCCUGGACGUGAACAGAACAGUGGAAUUCAACGACGUGGCCGGUUUUCUGAGGGACCAAGGCUUGACCGGACGACCUCUGCAGGUUCUGAAGAUUGACAUCGAAGAGGCGGAGUGGGACGUCCUAAAACAGCUGGCGAAGGAACCCAUUUUGGACAUCGUUGGCCAGAUUGCAAUGGAAGUCCACGUGAUGAAGCUGCUUGAACUUCCGCCUUCAGAGAGGUUGGACUUCCUUCAAAAUCGGUACCAGAUCUUGAGAGAAAUCGAGAAGCGAGGUUUUCGUGCCGUCUCGUACUGGGACAACCGGCAGCCGAAGCUCGUGUACCGGGACCCAGAUGGCAGCACCUUCGACACGUGCGGAGAGAUCCUGUACGUGAAUACGAACUGGUACAACGGUUCAUUCAAGAGGAGACUAAAAGAUAUUGGGUUCAAGUUUCGUGGUGUGUAAUUCGUGAGUGUUCGAUGGGGGGGGGGGGGUGGCAGCGUCGUCUUUAACAGGAGAAACGGGUUUUCAAGUUGGUGCGUUGUGUUCUGAUGAGCAAUGAAUGUACGUCAGAUUUUGUUUAACUCACGCACAAC